UGCAAAGUGGUUUAUUGUAUGUGAAAUUAUUGGUUUUGCCAAAAUUAAAGAAAAAAAUUAAUAAUUGUGGCUUAUAAUCGUAAAAAUAAUAAAAAAUAGUUCAUUUAAUACUAAAAUGUCAAAAAAUAGUUAAAUCUAAAUAAAUAUAAUAAAAAAAAGUUUCUAAAAAUAAAAUUGGGUAAUACCUGUAUUGUAAUGAAAUGUAUCACUAUUUCACCGACGCAUCCUCUUUAUUGUUCUUUGUUGUCUUCUGUUGAAAAUAGUGAAAAUUUUGCAGUAUAGUUGAAAACAUCCAAAAAUUGUCCUAUCAACUUAGGACAAUUACAAUUGAUAAACCAGUAAUAUAAACCACCUUAUGGUUCGUAACAAAAGCACGUCAUCGGCUAAUUCGGCCAGUAAAUCUUCUACACCUAAAAAAACACAUCGUAAAAACGCUUCUGAAUCUUUAAGUUCAAAUGACGAUAUUGUAAAUAAUCAUCGUCGAGAUUCAACAUCUAGUUCUAGUACAACAAAUGAAUGGGGCUCGGUUCAUAAACAAAAUUUAUAUAUUGUAUCAUUUCCAAUAAUAUUUUUGUUUAAUAUAUUGAGAUCAAUAAUUUAUCAAUUAUAUUGUAUAUUUCGCUAUAUAUAUAGCGCAUCAAGUCGUGUAUUAUAUCGUCCAAAUAUAAUUCGUAAAGAUUGUAAUUUAGAAGUAAUUGUUAACAAAACCAGUGGAAGUACAAUUUCAAGAUUAAAUGCGAGAAAUCCUGCAGAGGAUCAAUUAGUUGCCUAUUGUGGAAGUAAUAAUAAUACAUUAAACAAUUGUAAUAAUAAAGAAUUGGUUGAAAUGUCUACACAUCGUAGUGGGCCAGGGCCAGCUGAUCCAUUAUUGGCUAAACAAAAACACCACCACCGUAGAGCAUUUGAAUAUAUUUCCAAAGCGUUGAAAAUUGAUGAAGAAAAUGAAGGCCAUAAAGAACUUGCUAUUGAGUUAUAUAGAAAAGGAAUUAAAGAGCUUGAAGAUGGAAUUGCAGUCGAUUGUUGGAGCGGUCGAGGUGAAGUUUGGGAGCGUGCACAAAGAUUACAUGACAAAAUGCAAACAAAUUUGUCAAUGGCAAGAGACAGAUUACAUUUCCUUGCACUGAGAGAAGAAGAACUACAUUUAGAAGAAUUAAGAUUAGAAGAAAAAAAUAAAAGAAGAUCAACAUCAUUUUUAACUAACACACAAAAAACUCUUCAAGUUUUGGGUUCAUAUUUAAAUCCAACUUACAUAGGCAAUACAUCAACAAAUAAGAAUUCUACUGCUGGCAGUAGCGAUACAACUCGUUCUAAUAAUAGAACUCAGUACUUAAAUAGCUCAACAACUCCGGUUUCAAAAAAAAUAACAAAUUUAAAUCUUACAAAAAGUCCUACAUCUUCUAUUGCAUCUACAACAAUUAUAAAUAGAAAUCAAAAUAGUGUUACAAAAGGAAAAGUAACUUUUACAAAUGAAGCUUCUGGUCGAAAAUUAAAUGUAGCAAACAAAAGGCCCGGUAAUUUAGGGGUUAUUAACAAAUCAUCGACGUUACCAAGGAAUUUAGGGUCAAAAGCAAUUGUUACUGGUCCAGCAGCAAUAGGUUCUGGAAAUUAUAGUGUCGUUCCGCAAAGACAACCGACGAAAACUGCUGCUACUCCGCCAGCAGUUCGAAGACAAUUCGGAUAUUCAAACAAUAAUAAUAGCUCUCCAAUGAGAAAAAAUUCAGGGCGAAACACACCACCACCGCGAUCUAGAACACCGAUAGGUGGUACACCUUCAACAGGUAGUUCAAGUAACAUAAUUUCAGUAAAAGGUGUUGAACCCAAACUCGUUCAAAUUAUUAUGGAUGAAAUAAUUGAAGGAGGUGCCAAAGUUGAAUGGUCAGAUAUUGCUGGACAAGAUAUUGCCAAACAAGCUCUUCAAGAAAUGGUUAUACUGCCAUCUGUUAGACCAGAAUUAUUUACGGGACUAAGAACACCAGCUAAAGGUUUAUUACUCUUUGGACCACCUGGUAAUGGAAAAACCUUAUUAGCUAGAGCUGUCGCUACAGAAUGUUCAGCAACAUUUUUUAAUAUAUCAGCUGCAUCACUUACCAGUAAAUAUGUUGGCGAUGGUGAAAAAUUGGUGCGUGCUUUGUUUGCUGUGGCCCGUGAGCUUCAACCAUCGAUAAUAUUUAUAGAUGAAGUUGAUUCUUUACUAUCAGAACGUAGCACUGGUGAACAUGAAGCUUCAAGACGUUUAAAAACUGAAUUUCUAGUUGAGUUUGAUGGUAUUCCAGGAAACGCAGAUGGAGAUCGAAUAGUAGUCCUUGCGGCAACAAACAGACCACAAGAACUAGACGAAGCAGCUCUAAGACGCUUUUCGAAAAGAGUAUACGUUCAGUUACCUGAUUUACAAACAAGAGAACUAUUAUUAAAACGUUUAUUAGAGAAACAGGGUAGCCCAUUAAGUACGCAGGCUCUACAUAGGUUGGCUGUGUUGACUGAAGGAUAUUCAGGUUCAGAUUUAACUGCUUUAGCUAAAGAUGCUGCUUUAGAACCAAUACGUGAACUGAAUGUAGAACAAGUUAAAAAUGUAGAUAUAAGUGCUGUGCGUAAAAUAGCUGAGAAAGAUUUUCACAAUUCUUUAAAAAGAAUACGAAGGUCUGUAGCACCACAAAGUUUAAAUUCAUACGAAAAGUGGGCGCAAGAAUAUGGUGAUAUUACUGUAUAAAUUUUUUAAUGAUUUAUGAUAAAGUUAUUAAACUUUUAUUCUUAUUAAACAAAUUCGUGAUAGUUUCUUCAUUCAAAUUCGUACGAUUAUAUUUCAAACAAAGUUCGAGUUUAAAUUAUUAUACUGUUUGUUAUAGAAGUUUCUAAAAUGUUUUAUAAAUUUUGAAAUAAUUAUUCAGAAAACUCUGCUAGAUAUUUAAUUUAAAGGAUAUCAAUAGACAAUGAAAAAAUCGAUGCACGACUAAUUUUUUUUUUGUUAUAAAUUAAUGAAAAGAUUUGAAUUGUAUACAUCACCAUUUUUUAUUACAUUAUACACUGUUUUAUAUUUUGUUUGUUCUGAACCUCAAAGAUAUUAAUGAUUACAUUAUUCAAAAAAAAUUCAUUUUAUUAUAUGAAACAUUGUUUUUCAAUUAAGAUACUUGUUAUCAUUUUAAUACACUAUUAGUACAAUGUUUUAAUUUUAUCAAAAUUAUAUAUAUGUACAUGUAAUGCAAUAAUAUGAAAAAAAAGAAAAAUUUAAAAUAUGAAGAUUGAAAACGAAUUCUUAAAAGAGCAUAAACGAAACGAUUAAGUUACCCCUAGUAACCUUCCCUGUUUUUGGCCACAAAUAUAGUAUAAUAAUAUUUACAGGGAUUAAAACAUAAUAAUUUAAAAUAAAUUACCUUUGUAAUAAUUGAACAAUAAUAUUUGUAUAUCAUACCUAUAAUGUAUUGUUUGAAUAUAAUUAAGUAGGUAUUAAUUUUUCAAAGCUAGUCGGCUAAUAUUAAAAUUCUAUUGAUUGAAAUAUUUUUAAGAACUUCCAAAAUUAAUUUAAUUCAACGUUUUUUCUAUCAAAGAAACAAUUAAAAACUACUUAUGAAUGUAAAAAUGUUUGAAAGGUAUCAAUAAUGAUUUGCAGUAAACGGGUAAAUUUUCAUUUUGAUUAUUAAAUAUUAAAGGUAUUGUACAUUUUCCUCGUUAUAUAAAUAUUUUUCUUAGUUAUUUAACUAAAAAUUUAAAAUUAUAACUAAAAUUGUUUCUCGAAAUUGACAAACAAAAAAUGUUUCUGGUGGUAAACGAAACGAAAUCCGUUAGAUAUAAAUUUGUGUACUACAAAAUUUAAAAAUUGAUUUUUUUUUAAUUAGAUAAAUCAAUUAUUAAAAUAUUUAUUCAAUUUUAAAAUGAUGAAACUUAUACCAAAAAUAAAAAUAUUUUUCUUAUAUCAAACACUAAUUCUUUUAGCAGUUACAAAAGCCAAAGUUACGAAAAAAACAAAAACCAACAAUCUUAAAAAUUAAAGGCAAUGUAAUUUAGAUUUCGAAUUGUGCAAAUAUAUAAUUUAUUUUGCCUUUAAUUUAAUACUGCAGCGUUGUUCAAAGCUAAAUGAACGUAUCCGCAAAUUCUUUAACGUCAAAAUUUUGUUUUCAGUUUGCAAACUGUCUGAUGUAUAAAACUUUUACGGACAGAAAUGUAGUAAACUUUUUACUUGUAAUUGACUUUAAAUUUUGUUCAUCUGUAAACGUCCAAACAAAAAAAAAAUUUCUUGUAGAUUUAAAAUAAUUUUAUACUUACAUAUUAAAAAUUAACAAAAAAAAUAUUUUUAUAUUAUUUUUAACGUAAUGAUAGUCACUCAAUACAUCAAAUUUAUUUACUGAAUUACUACGUCAGACUGUCUGCAUGUAAAAAAAAAGAUCUACAAUUUUGACGCUUAAUUGACUUUUUUCAAACGUUUAAGAAUUUAAACUUUGACUGAAAGUAAAACGCAGUAGAGUAUUCGUAAACUCAGACAACUCAGAUUUUGUAAAAUUUGACGUUUAAGAAUUUACCAUAUUUAAUUUUGUUUUAAUUUUUUGUACAACUAUUUAUAAAACAUGUAUCUAUUAAAAUUGAUUGAGGAGUUGACAUAGUUAAAGCACAUUAGAAGUGAAUUAAUUUCAAAUGUACAAUACAACCUUAAAAUUUACAAUAAAUUAUAUUUUGCAAAAUAAGCGAGUAAAUGAUUUGCACAAUUUACAUCAUCUACAAGUUUAAAGACUGUAAAAAUAAUUUUUUUUUUAAAUGAAAAAACUUAAUACGAAUCUUAAAGCAAAUUUAAAGAAUUGUAACAAAUGAGAUAUGCAAUUACAUUAAAUAACAAUUAGGACUAUGGCUGUCUUGUUAAAACAAAAGAUAUAUAAAAAUUUAUAUUAUAUAUAAGGAAUUUGAAUUUUUAAUUUUUAAGAUUUUGUAAACUUUUUUUAUAGAAUUUAUUACUGAUAAAAAAUAAAUCCCGUGUAAACCAAAUAAAAACUAAAAAAUCAAAAGAAAUACAAGGGGACAGACAUGGAAUAUAUAAAUUUUUAAAAAAAAAUACUGUUUUAUUUAUAUUUGCGAUUAAUAGAAACAAAUUUUAUUUACCAUUAAACUAUUUUAAAUUAUUUAGAAAUUGUAGAAAUUAAUGUACAUAAUAAUAAUAGUCUAUACAAUAUUAUACUUAGAGAACUCGCUCGUAAAAAAAUGUUUUAUUUUAUUUGAAAAUAAAUUCAUUACAACAAUAUUAUAGUAAAUAUUUUAAGCAUUUUUUGUCAUUUAGUACCAUAAUAAUUAUUUCCUUUUUUUCUUUUACUUAGAAUAUCAUAAUUUUCAUGAUAAUAAUAGAAUAAAAAUAGUUAUUGUAUACUUUCUUAAUUGUAUAAAAAUUAACUGCAUAUUAUAUGGUAUAACUUUAUAAAAUUUUCUUUAAAAAACUUGAAUAAAUUAUAAUAUUUAAAUUCUAACAAAAAUGGAGAAAUAAAAGAAAAAUUUAAAUUUGAAAGAAUUUAAAUAUGUACACAUUUAAAAAUUAUUACAAAAAUUAAAGUUAAUUUUUUACUGCAAAAAUAUAAUAAUUAUUAUACACAUAAUAUACAUAUAAAUAAAAUAAAUACAAUAAAUUAUUAAAA